AAACAUCAAAUCAAAAUGAACCGAAGUGGAUUGAGAAUCCUACUUCAGCCAUUCCUUGCCAGGACACAACUUGCACAGCAAGUUAGAAACGUACGAUCGCACAGCAUCACAGUUUCCAACAUCGCGCCGGUCAGCGGCUACUGUGGCACUCGCAUGUUGGAGAAAUUGCAAGAUUCACUUUCGGCCGCUCACGGAACCAUCCGUCACUACGGUGACCAAUGUGCCAAGAACAAGUUCGAACCGAGUCAGAUUGAUCCCCGCUUGAAGGCCACCUACGACGACAUCGUUGCCCUGCCGAAACACCCCGAAGUGCUGCUGAUCGAUGUACGCCCACCGAGCGAGCUUGCCGCCUCUGGGGCCAUUCCAACCAGCAUCAAUAUUCCUCUCAAACACGUCGUUGAGGAGUUGAAACUUAGCCCGAAGGAAUUUGAGGGCAAGUAUGGUCGUACGAUGCCAGCCACCGAUAGUCCUAUCAUCUUCUGCUGCCGCAUCGGUGUGCGAUCCGGUAAAGCGGCCCACAUUGCCGAGCAGCUGGGCUUUACUAAUGUGAAGAACUACGUCGGUUCCUGGUCGGAGUAUGCUGAAAAAAAUAAUCUGCCACAAAUGAAUCUAAACGGGUUGAGAACCGUGGCACAACGUUUCCGCGCGGGAUCGCGUCUUGUGCAUAACGCCAGAAACGGGCGAUCGUACAGCGUCGUAUCAGUGAGCAACAUCGCUCCGGUCAGUGUUUAUCGUGGUAUUCGCAGUGUUGAUCAACUUCAAGGUUAUCCUACGACGAUUCGCGGAACCACCCGUUGCUACAGUGACAAAUGUGACGAUAAUAAGUUCGACCCGAGCUGCAUUGAUCUCACGUUGCUGGCCUCCUACGAUGAUAUCGUUGCUCUGCCCAAACAUCCCGAAGUGCUGCUGAUCGAUGUUCGCCGACCGGAUGAGCUGGCUGGCACUGGAACCAUCCCGACCAGCAUCAAUAUUCCCCUCAGCAUCGUGGGUGAAGAGUUGAAACUCAGCCCGAAGGAGUUCGAAAGCAAGUACGGACGUACAAAACCGGCUGCCGACAGUCCCCUCAUCUUCAGCUGCCGUUCCGGAGUGCGCGCGGGAGAAGCUGCCAACAUUGCCUCUAAACUGGGAUUUACUAACGUGAAAAACUACGCCGGCUCCUGGUUGGAGUAUGCAGAGAAGAACGGUCUGCCGUUGGAGCCACAGGAAAAUAAAUUCUACUGAUUUAACAGUGCUCAGAUACACGUGUGUGAAGUUAGGAAAUACAUAAGUCUGUGACUGAAAAAAAAACAACAACG